CGGCACUUCAUUGCAGUACUACAGCAGGCUGGUAGAUGACUGUUUCCUUCCUGAGAACAAGUCAUCACCAGUAAGCGUUCACUUCGCGAUUGGGGUAGACUGCAGACUGAUCUGUUGUUCCACAAUUAUCAUCUCUUUGGAGAUAAUUCAAUACUAAGGACCGCUACAGGUUUCUGUGCAUCUCAAGUUUAUUCCAGUUUCUUCGUGUGUAAAGCACAAUGCGUUACAGCACACCCCUCAGGCUUGACCCAAUAAGGAGGCGUUAUGCCAUCAACCCUCACCGCUACACCACGUUCAACUCCAAGCUGCAGUACCAGCUGGUGUAUCACGCAUGGUGUCGGCUCGAGCAGAGUGGCAUCUACUGGGCCUCGAUUAGCGGAAAAGAGGCAGGCGCUAAACUGGCAUCGGAGCCAAUCGGCACUUUCCUGAUCCGUGACAGCGCUGACCGGCGUCACUUUUUCACGUUGAGCAUCAAGACAUCAUCGGGCAUCAAGAAUGUCCGCGUGGAUUGCGACAACCACGCUUUCUUCCUGCAGACAGAUCCCGAGAGUCAGCGGACAGCGCCGCGGUUUGACUGUGUGCUCAAGCUUGUGCACUUCUAUAUGAACUAUACGGAUAAUGCCAAGGAGCAAAGGUCCUGCUACAUCUUCUCAGAAGGCCAAAAGGUUCCCCUGGAACUGCGAAAACCCUAUGCCUGCAGCACGUCCUCCCUGCAGCACCUAUGCAGAAAGACAGUCAAUGGCCACAUGGAUAUCUUGGCCAAGAGGGACGGGCUACCUCAGCCACUAAGGGACUUUAUGCAAGAGUAUGAUGCUCCCAUUUAAAUGGCAAAUACAAGUAAUAUGGUCAUACCAAUGUUAAGGUGUACCAAUGUUAAUUUGAGUAGAGCAGCUAAAAGAAUGGUGUCGUGUGAGCAUACGGUCAUCAAGCACAUAGAAGAGAAUCAAGAAGAUCUACAGUGACUGAAGUGAUAAAAGUAAACAAGUUGAGCAUAGAUAGACUAGGUCAAAUUUGGACUGUAACUCGUUUUGGAUUAGUCAACACAAACCAAGAGCGCUGCUAUUUGUCAUGUUGGGAGAGACGAAACCCCUGAGCUCCUUUGGACACACUUAUUUGCACAAUAAACAAACAUCAAGACAGUGGUCCACUGUUUAGUGCUAUAGGCAACUGCAACAAGUGGGGAAGAGAUGGCAAGUAAAAGACUUUCUCUGUGAAUAGAAGUCAAGAAUUCAAGAAUUCUCAGUACCCAAAUGACUAGGAACCAUCCUGUCUGGAUGUUUCAUGGAAAACAGUCACCACCUUCUUCCAAGGAAGCAUUAUGCCUUUCAGGGGAAAAAUGAAAGAGCUCAACAAGUAACAGCAUGGCAAUCAGACCAGGAGAGAAGACGUUUAAAAGAAUCACAAAGGGGAAAUGUUUCCACUCAUUUAGAUCAAAUCCUGCGUAUUUGAAGUAGGCAACUAAAGGAAAACUGAAAAAAAGUACUGUAAUUUUGAGGGUUUUUUUUCUCAUUGAGUAAAGUGUGUAUUUCUUAGAAUGUGAGUAGGCAGAAGCUUUCUUAUGAAUGUAUUUAGAUUGAAACUUAAAUGGGCCAUUUUUCACCCUCAUAUUAUUCCUGUACUGGUUUACUAUGUUUACAUGUGUGAAUAUAUUUUUUUUUUAAUCUGCUGUUGUUUUAAUAGUAAUGUGACUCCAUAUGAAUGCUUGAGAAAUAAUCCAGAGAAACAGCAACAAAACGCAAGCAGACUGAAAAUACUUUGCACAUAUUUAUAUUUUUCAUCAAUAUUUCAGUAAUUUAUAUUAAACAGCACUAUUUUUCUAA